CACAGCACUUGAAUGACCAGUGCUCGAGAUAGACGCUCUGCCAUGGGAAACACAAUUCACUUGAAUCACGUCAGUGUACCUGCCUGAGAAACUGCAAGAAAGCACCGCCCGGAUGUUGGGUCCUCGUCGUUACGGAAGGCCAGCUGCAGGUGACAGGGGAUGAUGAAGAUGAAGGGGGUGAUGUCCUGCAGGACCUAGCACAACAUUAUUUGCGUGCACUUCCUCUUCAGGCAGCAGACCGGAGCCGAGGAGAAGAGCAGGAGACCGGAGGGUAACACUCAGCUCUGCACAAAUGAGUUGUGAAUGUUGCUGCAACAAAUAUGACUUGGCACUAGCAUCUUCGAUCCUAUGAGCUGUCAGCCAUACAGGGAAGCCUGUCUAUCCACCUGCAAUCUGACUUCAAUGAUACAAUCCCACUCUCUGCAUACAAGAUUGAUGGCUUGCUGCUAUUGACUCCCAAGAGGUUCAUACAAGUGAGACAAAAUUAAGACCACUCUAUGUGAUGGCAGCUGAAGCCCCACAAAACAUGAUCCUUCGUGUCAUCGAGGCAGACCGUGUUAGACAAUUAAAACUCAGCUCCCGUCCAGCAUCUGUUGAUGCAGUGAUUGAGAUUUUAAAAGAACAACUGGAAUUGGACUGUGACUUCAGUUUGCAAUACAAAGAUCCAGACUUUGAUGGAAAACUCACUUGCCUUGUUGACAUCGAGGAGUUACCACAAAAAGCCUGUGUUCAUAUUUCAGUUGGACAGGAUUCCAGUUCUCUUGCAUCAACUGAUACCCUUUCAGAUGUGUCAUCCCCAGAACGUCUGAGCAGAUGGCCUCCAGGUCCUUUACAAAUUCCCACAUUUGCAUUUGACGUUGAGCUGACACUUAGAGAUGGGAAUGCUGAAUUUGAAAAGAAUGAGAGACCUCUUCAGUUGUCAAGGGACCAAAAGCACAAUAUUUUUGACAAACUGGCAUCUACCAUAUAUGGUUUUAAGGCUUACCCCAGUGAUAAAGAGAUAGCAAUGGUGGCUGAAGCUCUUGUGAGGAAACACCCCUGUUUAAAAGAAGCAGGAUCUGACAAUGGAUGGAAUGGCUGGAAGAACAGCAUCAAGUUUAAAAUGGGCAAUUACAGGACCAAGAUGAGAAGGGCUGGAUGUCAGGAGGUCGCUGUAAAUGCUGGGAAAAGAAACCGAAAAAACCCUGAGAAAGAACCUUCACACUCCAACAUCAAAAGGCCUAAGUGUGCAGAGGUCAACUUUCUGCCUAACUUUCCUCAAGGAGAGGAUCCCUCAAGCCUUGACCUUUUGAGGCAGGCUAUUGUUGAGGAAGUAAAGAAGACUGAGAGAAACCUACCCCUUAUUAGUAAGAUGAUGCAGAACACGUUUGCCUUGCGACGACAGACUAUUGUAAUGUCCUGCCCACCGGUGAAAGAGCUAAUGGACCUCUGGCCUGCUCUUCAUAUGCAGUCUGAGGUAUAUGCAGAGUUCCAACGGAUAACUAACCAGAACCUACCUAACACUUUCUAUGCCGAGCUUGAUCGCCACACUCCUCGUUUGAUGGCCUUAUUUAGACAGAAAGCUUCCAAAACUGAAAAGACUGCAGAUGCUUUGGCAAACAUUUUCAAAGUCCAUGAUACACAGGAAUUACAUGAUGUCCACACAAGGCGUACCACUGUUCUCCAUGCCCUUCCUGAUUAUCUACUAGAGGAAGUCUCUGGAUUUUUCAGAACAUGUGUGGAUGAUAUGGAUGAGCCAGACCUGUGGGAUGCAUCAGUGGUCCUCCUUACAACAGUCAGUGAUGAUGCCACAAGCCAAGUUCACUACCACCCAGUGAGAGUCUCUGUCGUCCUAGAGGGUGAUGUGGUUGUCAAUCUCCCCAGGCUUGCUGAUGCCUUCCUGGUAAUGUUCGGCCUGAUUUAUGCACUACAUCUCAUCUAUCCCAAGGGACUGACAAACACUUUUGAGUUCACACAGAAAAUCUUACUUGGUCUUGAUGACUCUAAACUGUCACCCAAGCUGCAGACUCUUAAAAAUGAGCUGAUGUUGUAUGUGUAACUGAAGAUC